CAUAAAGACUUAGUCACGAAAUGCCGUACUAGUUUUGUGUCUCACAUACAUCCAAACAACACACCUGGUACUACACCACUGUCAUGUCAGGCAUGUCCACAAGGAACACAAACAAGUGAUAAGGCUGGAUACAGAGCUUGCAAGUGUUUACCAAACUUCUACCGGUUUGACCGGUUUGGUAGGUGUWUUCCCUGUCCCAGUAAGUCUUUCAAAUGCGAAAACGACUACGCUAGUCUGUCAGCAGGUUUUUACUGGAGAUGGAAGAAUAGCACUUUUAAGAAACAGUACCGCAGGUUUAUCGAAAAUCUCAAGAUCAAGAGCCCAGAGUUUGCAGAAGGAACGUGGAGAUACGAAGGAACUUUACCCAAUCCCCACAAGUGCCCACGUGACUCCUGUUUAGGAGGCCUGGACUCUAGUUGCCAAACUGGUYACCAAGGCCCACUCUGUGCAUUAUGUGAACAAGACUAUUACAACAAGUUGAACAGAUGUAUCCGCUGUCCAUCCAGACUGUGGGCAGGGUUUCAGGUUGCUAUAGUGAUCGUCCUGUUUGUUGUAGUCCUCCUUGCUCUGUUAUGGGGAGACAGAAAGAGACUGCACAAUGAACAUGGGCGAACCAUGGCAGACAAGAUAUUAUCUUGUUUUAAGAUUGUCAUUGGCUUUUAUCAGGUGAUGGCAGGAAUAUAUUCUGCUUUCUCUGACAUAGCCUGGCCAUCCUCGGUUGUUUGGAUGCAGAAGACUCUUCACUUCAUACAACUAAACAUCCUACAGAUCGCUCCUCUCAGCUGUAUUACUUCUCGGUUAUCCUUUAACGUACUGCAGCAGUUUGUCAUUGUUGUUGCUUUGAACAUCACCGUAGUCACCGUCAUUCUUAUCUACCUCGUGAUAAGAAUGGCAAUACUAAAGAGAAAGAAAUGUUAUUCACAAAAUCAAGUCGAAGAAUCGGUAGCCAAAACUAAGAGCUCGUGUAUUCGUAACAUCUGUGUCUUUCUGUUUGCAACAUAUCCAAAGACCUGUACAGGUAUCAUUCAGGUUCUUUCUAUAAACUGUGUACAACUGUGCUUCGAAGAAGAGCACGCGCAUUGUGAUUCCUAUCUCAGAAGUGACCUCUCCGUCCACUGCCAAACUCCUAAACACGACAUCUUCUCACGUAUUGCCACGGCGUUCCUUCUUUACCCCAUUGGGUUUCCUGUGGUCAUUUUGAUUCUUGUCUGGAAAUACAUCCACCAACCAUCGAUAAGGAAAGAAUGCGCAACUCACAAUCAUUUGAGUGGUGAAGAUGUUGUUGUGCCAGCAAAUGUGGACACCCCAUUCAAAUCUGGUCUCAGUUUGUUUAGCGAGAACUACAGAUCCAAUUGUUGGUACUGGGAAGCUUUGGAGAUGAUCAGGAAGCUGGUUCUCAUUUCCGGUCUGACGCUGAUUGGUGAGCACAGCCGCACACAGAUUGGACUCGGUGCCAUCAUAUCUGCUGUAUUUGCUAUUCUUUAUGUCUAUAAACGUCCCAUCACUAACAAGUUUGAGAAUCUUCUACAGACGGUGGCUCUGAUGGCGAUAUUUCUAAACCUUGGAAUUGGUGUGAUGCUCAAGGCAUCAGACAAUGACAAAAUGUCACCAGUUGUCAACAAGCAUAACGACGACCUGGGCGUGUCUAUCAUGAUGAUCAUCAUCAAUGUUGCUGUUAUUGGCAUAGUGACAGUUGCUGUUCUCAAGGUCAUCAUUAUGCAGACAUUAAAGUGCUGUAUGUCUGCUAAUGAAGAUAAUUGCAGCUGUGGUCAUUGCUGUCAAGCUUGCCUAAGAUGCUGUCUGAGCCUGUUGCUGCCUUUGAAGAUGAGAAGCGGCAACUUCACGAAAGAUGACGAGAGCCGUACCGCACUUCUGCAAAGUGCGAGAAAUGUGUGAGACAAAGACAUUUCGUAUAAUUCGAACACCGUUUCUUCGGCAUGAAAGGAUUGAUUAGCCUAACUCGGAAUGGUUACUAGUUUUAAGUAUCCCAUUGAAAGCUUGCAAAUGAUCGUCAUCAUUUUAAUUGCUAACCACAAAUCCGUCAAGUAAUAUAAUAGGCCAUUGUUAAAAACACAAUGCCAAAGUUUAUAAAGACUGUGGGAAACAAAGUAAAAAUAGAAAGUUUACUUGCCAUUAACUUAGUUUAAAAAAAGUGACUGAAGACAUUGCAUCUCUCAGACAAGGAGCACGAUGUGAAAGGAGUUCUAAAGCUGUUCUAGUGUUAAUCUUGUCAUUAAAGUUUAUAGCCAUGAAGAUGUAUAAAUUGCAUAAGAGUUUUUUGUAACGGUGACUCUUUCUGAGUAAAUAAAAAAAAGAAACGUAUACGCGUCAA